AAAAAAAAAAAAAAAAAAAAAAAAAAAAAGUGUAUUUUACAGUAGUUUCUGAGUACUGGAGAAAUAGCAUGGAGAACAGUAUGGAUCUGGAAGUAAUUGAUUUAUUUUGCUCUUCGAACAACAAGAGGCAUUUUAUUGCUCGUAUCAAAGAAGAUACUAUUUUAGCAAAAUUCCUCAAAAUCAUAUACGACUUCUAUUUCAUUGGAAAUCGGAAACUGGACGAGGUUAAUGAAGCGUCCUUUUGCCGUAAUCUUAUCGAUUCUUUACAUAGCAUUAGCAUAGAUUAUCAGCUUAAAGAGUAUGCAAAAAGCACAUCUAACGCUAGGGUCAACAUUCAAGGGUAAACUAAUAUGUUAAUACAAUGCAGUGUCGGUGCUAAUAUAUAUCUAAUGAAAUGUCAGAUCGG